CGUUCCUCCGCAGCCAUGGCCGCCCCGUCGGAGCCCCUCACCGCCGCUACCCCUCCCGCACCACCGCCCCCCGCCCGCCGCUGCCUCCCCGCUCUCUCCGUGGAGCCUCUGCUCUUCCUCGCCACGCUGGCUCUCGGUUUGCAGGGCCCGCUGGCCACCCAGUACCUAUGGGAUCGGCUGGGGGCCGAACGCGGCUACGUGGGCCCCAAUGGCAGCAGCCCCGACGGCUGCGGGAACGGCAGCGGAGCCGUCGAGCCGCUGCGGGAGGAGGUGGAAGCGUCGGUCGCCCAUUGGAACCUCUACAUCAAUCUGGGGGGUUUCUUCGUCGGGCUGUUCUCGGUGACUCUCUUCGGGCCGUGGAGCGACAGCGCGGGCCGGCGGCCGGUGCUGGUACUGCCGGCGGUGGGCAUGGCGAUGCAGGCGGCCGUGUACCUCCUCGUCAUGUACCUGCGGCUGCACGUCGCCUACCUGCUCCUAGGGCGCGUGGUCAGCGGUCUCCUGGGGGAUUACAACCUGAUCCUGGCCGGCUGCUUCGCCUCCGUAGCCGAUAGCAGCGACCAGCGCGCCCGCACCUUCCGCGUGGCCAUCCUCGAGGCUUGCCUUGGCGUGGCGGGCAUGGUGGCCAGCCUUGGUGGUGGCCAGUGGCGUAAAGCUGAGGGUUACAUCAACCCCUUCUGGCUGGUGCUCGCCGCCAGCCUCGCUGCUGCCCUCUAUGCCGCUCUGUGUCUGCAGGAAACGGUGAAGCAGCGGAGAGCGGCCAAGCUGUUGACUCUCCAACACUACAAGGCUGUCUACAAGCUGUACACGGCCCCGGAAAACCUGAGCUCCAGGAGGAAGCUUGCCCUCUACUCCUUGGCUUUCUUUCUUCUUGUCACUGUCCAUUUCGGAACCAAAGACCUCUAUGUUUUGUAUGAACUUGGCUCCCCACUCUGCUGGGCCUCAGAUCUCAUUGGGUUCGGCUCAGCUGCCAGCUACCUGGCGUACCUGAGCAGCCUGGGGGGGCUGCGGCUGCUGCAGCUCUGCCUGGAGGACACCUGGGUGGCAGAGAUAGGACUCAUCUCCAAUAUUGCUGGGCUGGUGGUGAUUUCUCUUGCUACUACAACACCACUGAUGUUUACAGGUUAUGGGAUUAUGUUCCUGUCCAUGGCAGCUACUCCAGUUAUCAGAGCCAAGCUCUCCAAGCUGGUCAGUGAGACGGAGCAGGGUGCACUCUUUGCCUCUGUUGCCUGUGUGGAAGGGCUGUGCUCACUUGUGGCUACAGGGGUGUUCAACUCCCUCUACCCUUCCACCUUGCACUUCAUGAGGGGAUUCCCCUUUCUUUUUGGAGCCAUCAUUCUCCUUAUUCCAGCAGCCAUCAUGGGGUGGAUAGAAAUCCAGGACUCCAGCCUUCAGUACAGCCACUUCUCAGAUGCUUCCUUGUCUCCUGCAGAUGGCUGAGUAGCAGCUUAGCAAUGAGAAUUGGCCAUUCUGGCAGUGUCUGUCCAUGGACUGCUGUUUGUUCUUCACUUGCAGAGCAGAUCAGUGUCUGAGGGACACCUUGGUUGUCCUCACUGAUUUUUAAAUGCCCAAAAGUUGGAAGUCAUGGCUCUGAGAGCCAGGGAAAAGUUGACGUGCAGAUGUGAAUGUCUGCUUGCUCAUUACAGAGAACCCAAGGGACUACUCAAAAGCCAAUCAAGAGUAAAAGCAGUCAGUGGCCUUUUACGAGACCAGUAGUGGUUGGGUUGGGUUUGUCUGGGUUGAGUUUGGUUGGGUUGGCUGGGUUUGGUUGGUUGGGUUGGAUUGGGUUGAGUUGGGUUUGUUUGGGUUGAAAUUGGUUGGGUUUAAUUGGUCUGGGUUGGGUUGGGUUGAGUUGAAUUGGGUUGAGUUUGGUUUGUAAAGUGAGGGUGGGGAUGGAUAAUGAGAGAGAGUUGAAUUCUGGCUUAAUUGGUAUUCUGAGUAGCACAGUGUGCAGCAGCUGAGCUGUUGGUGUGGGUGAGGCCCAGACCAAAGCUUGCAGGGUGAGGCAGCCCGACCGUGUUCUGCUUUAAGAACACCUGUGCUCCAAAUCAAUGUGUUGUGAUUAAAAGUCAUAGGAAUGUUGCAGGCCAGUAGUUUUCCAUGGGAGUGCUAUUGCUGUCCUUGUUCACUGAGAUAGCUUUAGCUUCACAGUGGAGCUCUAAGAAGAAAAUGUGCUAGAAGUGCUUGUUGCUAUGAGUGCCAACGGUCUGUCUGCAGCUCACACCAGCUCAGGUUGGAUAUUAGGAAAUAUUUAUUCUCUGCAAGAGUGGUGAUGCAGUGGCACGGCUGCCCAGGGAGGUGGUUUGGGUGCUGUGGAGAUGUGGCACUGAGGAAUGGGUCAAUGUGGAAGGAUGGGUUGGGGAUCUGAGAGCACUUUUCCAACCUGAAUGGUCCUGUGAUUCUGUGAUUGUGAAAUCAAAUGGCAGAGCCAGAAGCAGUCCUUCCUCAUCAGCCCGUGGUGUGUUGGGUUGAGCUGCUAAGGGAACAGUAUAAAUGUCUUUGGAAGUAAAAAUUCUUUUGUGUAAGGGGCACCCAUGAUUUUUUGCCAGUGGCUUCACGUCUGCCCUUCUCAGGACAUGUUGAUGGCAACAAGCAAACCUCCGCAUUCGUGGUAUUUGUAAUUGUUCUUUUCAAAGCAUUAACUAUAUUGCUUCAAUCCUAUUCACGCUGCCAUAAACCACCGGUUCUGUGUACACUGCGUUGAACACAGAGUUCUGAUGUCUGCAAUAAUGUGCAAUUGCUUAGUGGUCAGAUUACUUUCAGAGUGAAUAAAACCCCCAUUUUCUUUUA